CCCCGUAUUGGGUUAUUUUCCAUUCUCCGAUCAUUUCAAAACCCUACUUCAACCCUGCGAUUCUCAGGGAUUGGAGAAAACGCCGAAAUCGGAAAUGGCCUCUAUUGCUCUUCGAUCUCGCCUUAUGCCAAGAUUAACAAAGCUUGGAUCUCUUAAUCCAAGGAUAUUCUCUACGGAAGCAUCUUCAUCGAAUCCCUCAUCGAAGGUUCCGGGAAUCUCCUCUGGCCAGUCGAUCUUUUCUGAUUUCCCACCGCCAAAUCAGCCGCCGCCUCCUCCUCUAGCGGAAGCGGCAGCCACGGAGGCGCUGGGAAAGGAGCGGAAAGGUCUUAAGUAUCUUAGUAACGCACUCAUCUGGGCACUCACGGGUGCUACCGCUGCUACUGGUUACGCAAGUUAUGCUUAUACUUUGGAUGAAGUGAAUGAAAAGACCAAGGCGUUCCGUGAAUCAGCUAAGCAGAUACAACCAGAUGUUAAUUCUUCCGGCAUUGAUAAAUAUCAAGCUAUGUUGUACUCUGCUGCCAUGAUAGUUCCUGUCAAAGCCAUUGAAAUGUAUUUGGAGCUUAGGGAAGUUGUAGAGGAACAUGUGAAAGGCUUUACGGAACCUCUCUCAGAAAAGCUUCUUCCUGAUUUGCACCCCUCAGAACAGAAUGCCUUCACUCUCGUUCUUGAUUUGAAUGAGACACUGCUUUACACAGACUGGAAGCGGGACAGAGGGUGGAGGACGUUUAAAAGACCAGGUGUUGAUGCAUUCUUGGAGCACCUUGCUAAAUUUUAUGAGAUUGUCCUGUAUUCUGAUCAGAUGGAUAUGUACGUAAUUCCGGUCUGUGAGAAGUUAGACCCAAAUUGCUACAUGCGUUAUAAGCUAACAAGAGGCGCUACUAAAUAUGUGAAUGGAAAGCACUAUAGGGAUCUGUCAAAGCUGAACAGAGACCCGAGGAGGAUUCUGUAUGUUAGUGGGAAUGCUUUUGAAUCAAGCCUGCAGCCAGAAAAUUGCGUGCCAAUCAAGCCUUACAAACUCGAAUCUGAUGACACGGCGCUUGUUGACCUGAUACCCUUCCUUGAAUUUGUUGCACGUAACGCUCCUGCUGAUAUCAGGCCGGUUCUAGCCUCUUACGAGAGAAAAGAUAUUGCAAAAGAGUUCCUUGAAAGGUCACUAGAGUAUCAAAAGCGAAUGCAAGAACAACGAGAACAAAGACAAAGCCGAUUCUGGAGGCGUUAAAAGGAUCUAAGCAUUUCUGUAUAGUGAGAGCAGUCAUGGCGAGUGGGGCGACCGCCCUGGACCCAGUUUUUUUUGUUUUUGAUGUUUUAAAAUUUGAUAAAAAAAUGUCACAUGAUCUAUGAUUUAUUAUUAUCCUUUCUCUUAAACAGCAAACUCUUUUCCUAUACUCCUAUAAAAACUUAUUUUGCAUU